AAUAUUUAUUUAUGACAAAUAUACGUUGUUCAUCUACCUAUGCCAGCGACGUAUAAUGACAGGGAGGGCAAUUUAAUGCUCUUCCACUAGAUGGCAGAAGGUACAACCACAUUCAUACAGAUACAGUAUUAGAACCGCAGAACUGUGACGCAGACGUGAUAACCAGUCCUCCAACUUAAACAAAUAUGAUCAGAAUGAAAAGUAUAUUUAGAGUGUGUUUAAAAUUUGUAUGCAAUAAUUUUUUUCACAUUAAACAACGUCUCGUGUACUGGCUCGAUUAAAUGGUGCGCGAGCCCUUUAAGGGAAAAACUGCUCGUGUUACUUCCUGUAUUUACUUCCUGGUUAGCCCUCGCUCAUUUACAUUUCGUUAAUCAUAAUAAAGCGCUUCACUUCUCCAAAACAAUGCAUAUGAAAAUGUCACAUAAUGGCAGAGCGUAAGAGAAAGACGCCGUCACGGAAUGGUGACCAAAAAGCAAAUAAACGCUCACGUGAUUGUGAAGAAACGAAACGGAAUGAGACGGUGCACAGUGUUUACUUUAAUGGUGGUCAAACUACUGACCUGCCAAGGAGGCUGAGAGAGGAUUUCUUCACACAACCUUGCGUCGCUUUGGCCAAAGCUUUUCUUGGCAAGGUCCUGGUGCGGCGUUGCGAGGAUGGCACUGAGCUGAGAGGCCGCGUUGUGGAGACGGAGGCGUACUUGGGGGGAGAAGACAAGGCGUCACAUUCGGCAGGCGGCAAGCGCACAGAGAGAAACACUGCCAUGUUUAUGAAGCCCGGCACCAUUUACGUGUACCCCAUCUAUGGCAUCUACCUCUGCAUGAACGUGUCUAGUCAAGGAGACGGCGCCGACCUUCACCCAGCUUCGCCUCCAAGUAGAAUAGCAGUGUGGCGGUGGCUGUAA